AUGCGUUCGUGUCUGCGUCAAGCUUGGUUUCCGGGAAAUAAACAAGAGGAUGCCAAGGCCAAGUUUGCUGUUUCGAGCUUCAAGCAGACUCCUACCUUGCAGUGGCUUUAUGGUCUGUAUAUGUCACUCUGUCUUAAGGAAAUGGUGGGGCCAAGUGGCGGGAGUGUGAGCGUGUCUGCGUGCGAACACCGCUACUCCUCGGCUGCAGGGGCGCCGCCCCCGUACUCCAGACUCCCUCCUGAUGGACAUGAGUUCCCUAGCAGCUACGCAGAAGGUCUUCCUGACAAGCUGUCCCGCUUCGCCCGCUACUCCCGCCUGGCCAUGGAGCUAGACAGCCCUACUGGCGCUCCACCCACCACCCCCACCACGCCCACUCCACGCACCCGCUCUGCCCCGGGCACUCCCUUAGGCCCUCCCCCACCCAUACCCCGCUCUUCCCCAACCAACUCCAAAACCUACACAGCUGAGAGAACGCUAGAGGUGGGCGGCAAGUGGGUGAGCGGUGACGAGAGGAGAUCCAGAGAGCCGACGCCCACACGCGGCCGCUGGCGUCGGCAAGACGAACGCAGCGAGAAGAGCGUCAGGGAUAAGAUUGCCAUGUUCUCCACAGACGGGCCCGACCAGCCGCACCCGAAGACCCGGAAGCUGGACAAGGUUGAGGGGGACGACAGCACAAUGAAGCGAGCCUUUACCGAGGACGACGUCAGGCUGGACCACUCCAAGACCUCUAGUGGCAAGUGUGGCCGCGAGGCGCACAAUGGCGCUCGCUCCCUCAGCAAGACCUCAGCUUUCAGCUCUAUGAUUAACGUCAGCACAGCAGAGUCCAAGGACAACGUCAAGCUCAUGUCGACGGCCUCGAGUGAAGUCGACAUAAGACAGGAGAUGCCACCACCUCCCCGUCGACACGAGAUGAGGGAGGAAAAACGGGCAGAGAAUGACUCUGCCACCCCAGGCCUUCAUGGUCGAUCUCAGAGUCUGAUUGACAUUGGGCGGUCGACUCUGACCAAACGUCACAGCGUCGGCGCCUACGAUAGACCCUCAGUGUACCAGUACGGCAUCGAGAAGCCCGAGGAGAGGGAGCGGCGGACGUCACUCACAAAUCUCAUAGAACAGAGACGGAAGAGCUUCGGGUGCAAACUGCGGGGUCUGGUGAUCCCUGAGAGCAGGAGCAGCGACGCGCCCGACAAGACGGCCAUCGACCUCCCCCGCAUCGCCAGCGUACCGCCCUCGCCGGCCAACAAGACCAUGUCGCUCCCGCGGGAGGGCCAGCGAUCCCCGAGGCUCUACAAGGCCGACUCUAUCUCUAGCAUAGACUCUUGUGAAUCCAACACAAGUAGACACAGCUCUCUGAAUGCUCCGCCUUGGAAGAGUUACAACACGAGUACCUUGCCCAAGUACUCACCGGCGUUCAAGAGGAAGAACAUGAGCGUGUUCAGCAAGAACGACACUUUGCCGCCUCCUAGCGGGCGAACACACGGCACCCGCAGCGUCUCCCCCACCAGCGACUCUUCACACGCCUCACCUGUCCCUCCAGUACACACACCCAUUAAGAGCAUGGAGGGACUCACGACGUCCGGCUCUGAACACAGUUUCGAAUACUCCGACAGUAGAUAUAGCAAUGAGCGACACAGCUACAGCCAGCUCCCUCUGUCGCAGAAAAAUUCGUACGACUCUCGCCUCAGUAGGGCCGAAGACAGUGAUAAUGACUCAGCAGUAAGUUCCACUCAGUCUAGCUUCUCCCAGGGUAUGUCUCCCCCGUCUUCACCAAUGCCUGAGCAGGAUGAGCAGGACGAACAUCGAUCCAGAGUUUACAGGGCUCAUCUCUCGCCACAGAGCUCCAUAGACGAGCAGGAAGCUGCUAGAAGAGUACUGAAGAGUGGCAGCAUCGAAGCUGAGAAUAGAAGAAACGUCAUCAAUUCAGCAAGAUGCAGCUCAGGGCGGAGCAGCGACGAGCAGCUGACUCCUGAGAUCAUCCGGAAAUACUCCACUUCAGACAGAAGCGAAGAAUCCGACAGGUUCCCACAGCGCUUGGACACAGAGCUCCGUGACGGACCGAAAGUGACAGGCCUUCGCCGUCAGCCAUCCACAUCCUCCACGUCAUCCACUGCUUCCUCACGUAGGUCUUCCCAUGAUUCAUCCAGGCGUAAUUCCAGAGAUUCUGUCAUCCACAUCACUAAAUACGAUGAGGCGAAAGUGUCAGCGGAACCGGUGUACUUCGACCAGGAAGGAGAAAUGUACAAGGAGUCACAGUUAAAAGUAGCGUAUCUAAAUGAAAUUGUGGAUAACUUUGAACAGCUUAACGAGCCAGUAAAUGAGGAGGUGAUCGCAGAGGUUCCCAUGUCUGCUUCAAGGCAAGUGGCGGAAAGUUCAGAGUCAACUGAGCCAACCACAUUGACGACACAGACCUUACCCAGUCGCCGGUCAGAGCGUUGGGCGGCCCUCGAAAUGAAAUACGGAUCUUCCAAUCCAAACUCUGAUAUGGAUACAAAGAUUCAGAGGUUAAGAAGAUCGUCAGACUCUACGCCAACAGAGAGAACGAAAAAAAAGUCUGGCGGCUUCCGUGCCUUGGCUGAAAAAUGGCAGCAGCGGGCUGAGGAAGACACAGUCUCCUCUCCACAGACGCAGCAACAGCAGCCACAGCAGCAGCAGCAGCAACAACAGCAGCAGCAGCCGCAGCUUACUCGCAGGGAGAGUAGCACUCGCCUAGAGGCUCCCACUCGCCUUUAUGAGGAACGAUCGUCGGGUACAUCCACGCUUGAGAGACCAACAAGACCCUCUAGAUUGUAUGAUUACUCGGCAGAAGUAGACGGUGGUCGCCCGUCCCGCCCCGUCUGCCUGUACAGCGAAUCUGCUGUCACGCCUGCCAACCCCAAGAGUGAGGACCACGAGGAGAGCCUCGACAUACCUCGGGCAGAAGUGCCAGACCGCAAACUUUCCAUGCCGGAGUAUGGCAGCGGCGGUAUCAAGAUGCGGGACCGUCGUGAGGGCGGCGCGGGCGGCGCACCUUCACGCCCCACUAGCCUGAUCGAGGGCGGCGACGCGGGGGUCAUGGAUUCGCACUACCUUAGUACCGGGGCGCCUCUUAGCCCCGCAGCUUCCACCGACUCUCGCGACGAUCUCUGCUCAACCCCUGAGGCAUCGCUCUCCCGCACCGCCAGCAAGGAGGUUCUCGACGCCUUCUCCCGUCCUCGAGCCUCCAUCGGUGUGUCAAUACCUCGCCCGGGGGCCUCCAAUACACCCAAGAUGGCGGACAUAAUGCGAGCUUUCGAACGCCACGACUUGAGCAAGCGAGGGCCACCAGGUGGAGGGUCGUCGCACCCACGUAUGUCGUCAAUAGACUCAACGACGAGCGAAGACGGCUCUAUGGGAGCCCAUUACGGCUCGGUCUCGUCUCUAGCCUCAGGUCAACGAGAUCAGUAUGGCUCCAUCACCUCCCUAGCCUCAUCCACUUCGCUCAUAUCUCCACAGGAGUUGGCCCAGCUGAUCGAGGAAGCCAACCAGUCCUUGGAGGAGUCUGGGACUCCUUCUCACGAGAUCCUGGUGGUGGUCCUGCACAGGGAGAUCGUCGGACACGGCUCCAUCGGCAUUACCCUGGCCGGAGGUGCAGACUACGAAGCCAAGGAGAUUACUGUGCACAAGGUUAUAACCUGGGAUUCUUGGCAGACCGAGAUGUCCGGAUCCAGCGUGGACAGAUUCUCUCCAUUAAUGGCAAGAAUCUACGAGGUGUCACUCACAGGGAAGCACUCACCAUACUCAAGUGUCUACUCAGUUUAUAUGCCAUGUGUUAACAAUCCCACAUUAUUGUUAACUUUGCAACAUCUUGAAUACACAUUACACAAAUGGUGUGAUAAUCAGAAAGUGGAGCAGAAUCUGGGUAACUUUCACCCCGUCCUUCAUUAUAAAUAUUAUUCUCCCGACCACCCAAAAAUUUUGGAAUCGCCAAUGGACAGCAAGAGUCUUAUUUCUGAUGCUGCAGCAAUGUCUGUUCCAAGAGGACCUCCACUCACUAUCACCUUAGUGAAAGAUGGUGCCGGUCUUGGCUUCUCACUGGAAGGUGGCAAGGAUUCUCCACUUGGUGAUCGUCCACUGACAGUCAAAAAGAUAUUUAGUGGUGGUGCAGCUGAUAAAGGUGGCAUACUGAAGGUAGGGGAUGAAUUAGUGAGUGUGAAUACAGUGGACAUAACUGAUAUGGCUCGCAUUGAAGCCUGGAACUUCUUGAAGAAACUCCCAGAUGGUACAGUCUCUCUUGUAUUAAGACAAAAGGUAGACGAUUUAUCAGCCAAGAGUGAGGAAUGAACACAGAAAUGACAGUUUAUUAGGUGAAUUUUAUUGAUAAAUAUUUACUGGUGAAACAGAUGCAUUCAGUUGCCAGGUUUGUGCUUUUGUAUAUGUAAUAGUUAUGUUAUUUGCUCUGGAGGCCUUCAGUAGGAACAGUGUAGGAUUUCUUAUAAUGACCGGUUUCCUUGGCCACAAUCACACAUUUCAACAAGCUAUCUAAACAAACAUGGAAAGAGUAAUUGUGUUUAGGAGAGGAAGAAGAAAUGCAAACAAGAAAGGCUAGAUUACAGUGCUUUACAGCAGUAUUUUCGAGACAUUAAAUGCCAUGUAAUAUUACAAGAGUCAAAAAACUGUGAAUUUCUUUGUGGAUGAUGUAAAAUAUAAAAAGAAAAAAAGAUAUGACAAAUUUAGCAAAUAGAGUAACAGAUGGAUGAUGGAAUUUAAUGUUGCUAAAGGCCAUAUAAUGGAAAUGAUAAAAAAGAAUAAUCAGACAAAUAAUACAGAUCAUGACAAAAUUUUUACAGUAUCAUAUAGAGAAAGGAAUCUAGGAAUUAUUUCAUUUGAGGAAGGAGCCUCUGUGUUGGUGAAGGGAUCUUGAUUUGAGGAAACAUAACUACUCUUCCCUUCCUUGGAUUAAACCUGAUUGCUUCCCAUUCUCCAAGUACUUUACGGGUUUAAUAUGUGAAAAAAACAGGAGUUAAAAAAAAAAAAAAGUCUCAGAUCACAUAUAUGAAAUUGUGAGACAGGAAUAUGCUACAUUGGCUAUCAAGUAGCUUUCAAAUAUAUGGCUGGAAAUGCUAAAAAUCUGUUUACUUAAUAUAUUAAGAUAAAAUUGUAAUAUGUAGCUGCUAUGUGGUAUCCACACUAAAAAAAAAAAAGAUCAGAGAAAAAGGCUUAAGAAAAGCUACUAAUAGAUCACAUGAUGAAAGGCUAAAAACACUGAAGCCCACAA